AUUUCACCUUUACCGUAAGGGUACUUUUCGGAGUCCACACUCACUUUUUACUCUCUUUGCGUCACCCCACUUAAACUGCCCUUCCUUCAUUCUCUUCUCCUGCUUCACGGCGUUCCGGCUUUUCAUUUACUCCAGGUGCCGACCUUUUGCGGUGACCAGCAUCGCCAAAGCUCUCUCCGCCUGUUCCCCACGUCGUUCUCUUCCCUGGAUAGCUAUUUUUGUGCAGCCAAUUCACCUCAGAGCAGCUCGACCCCUCGGAUGUUGCUGGUUGUCUAUCCAUAUCUCAUUCCCUCACCGCUACAUCAGUGUCUCAACACUGACAGUCUUGGCAUACUGUGAUUGCCGUCAAUACUUCCACGCUCCAACUCUGAGGAAAAGACUUCAACCGGCUGUGCUCAAGAGAAGACCCUGUUCUAGUCUCUUACCGACAGAGCCAGCGAGCAGCCAUGAUGGACCCAGACAGCGAGAAAGAAAAUCUGCCUCCACCGGAGUUUGCACGAACAGACACGGCUAGCAAGAGCGAACCUCUCCCUCAACAGGAUGAGAUUGCAAGCUCGCCGCCAUUGGUACCCUUUUCCGAGGCAAUGUCGCCGACGUCGAGUGAGCCGCCAAUCUUUUCGAGCGAUGGUCCGGAGCACAUGGACGACGUCGAGAACUAUGCCUCACCACGCGACAAGCGCAAGCGCGCAGGGCCUUGGUGGGAAGGCGAUUCAGAGCGGCCCUCUGCGGCGAAGAAAGGGCGUAACAUGGAAAGAUACGAUUCCGGGGUUGUCGCCUACAGUGAUGACGUCGACCAGUUUGAGCCCGUCCCGGAAGCGGCAGGCUCAUUUGAUGAAGGUCAUAAGCACUUCGUUCAACGACUCUUGGACUGCGUACACGCGAACCGCGACUACUUUGAAUACGAUACCGGAACUCUCGAAGAUCACCACCUCGAACAAGUCUACCUCUUAAACCAAAUCAUCAACCCUGGCCCAGAUCCUGGGACAGAGGUUCCUGCCGAUGGCCAAUAUCGUUCCAUGGUCCCAAGACUGAAGUUAAAUUUCCGUUGCAACCAGCUCUGCAGACUCCAUAUUAACCUCUUCUCCUUAGAGAAUAUAACGUCUCUCACCCUAAGGGACAAUAACAUCCAAGAGCUGUCCCCACAAAUAGGUCAGCUUCGCAACCUGGUCUCGCUGGAUCUGUCCAACAACAACCUCUUCUGGAUGCCAUCUGAGCUUCAUUCACUCCUUAAGCCCCAUGGGAACCUUCGAGGAUUCAGCUGCGGUGGGAAUUGCCUGCCCUGGCCGACCCCCUCCGGCUUCUGUAGAUUGAGACCAUUCGCUCUCCUGAAGCUCGAGGAUCCACCCACGCGCGCCGAGUGUCUUCACAACCUGUGGGAGAGGUACCGUGCGGCUAUCCUGCUUGAAAAAGAAGAAGAUGUUCCAAAGGAAUGGGAGAACUAUGAUGGGUCUCUGGACAAAUAUAGAGAGGACCUUGUUUGGGACCUGUCGUUCUUCGAGUACUGGGAGCACAAAUACCCAAAUUUUUGUAGUUAUUUCAACCGCCAUGUACUGCUAGGAUGCAGCCCGGUGUCCUACUUCUACGAACACGGGCAGCUCAUCCCUGGUUCCUUCAAUCUGGAAACGUUGUACGACGUCAAGAAACGCACCACCGACAUCGGCUCAGCCUGCGUGGUUCCAACCAGCAGAGGACUCAUCAGCUUUCCACGGGUUCACCGAGAACGCACCCCCUCCCCGCCCCAAUCGUCUUCCGCCGUACGCACCCUGUUUUCUCUCUCUCUCAACGAAGCCCUGAGGAACGAAUCUCCAGCCACCAUCCGCCAGUUUCUCGGCGCCGAGAUCCCCCCAGUGAUAGACGCCGCUCUCUCUCGGGCGGAGGACAACAAGGAAAGGCUGCUCACCACAUUCUUGACUUGCCGCUGUGGCAAGAGCUUCCUGAUUCCCAGGGCGGUGUGGUUCGAAUACUGGCUGGAUCUGUACGGGCCUCAAGUGCCCUAUAAGGUGCAAGUGUGUUCGUGGGCCUGCGCAGAGCGCUUUUACAUGAAAAGCUAUCUGGAUCCAGAGGAGGAUCCAGUCCUGGGACGCAGGGACUGGAUUUCGCGGCUCCCAAUGGAGCUCCAGCGGGAGAUGGAGGAGGACGAGGACAAUUGGAGUGAAUGGAGAGAGCUGAGUGGAACUGAGUGAGGUGUGUUGGGUGAGGAGUAGUCGGGGAACUCCAGUCGGCUGCAUUGUAACAAUGGAGGUCAUGAUUGUUGGAGUAGGCCUGUAGCAUGAGUCUUUGCAAGGCGUCACGGGUCUCUAGGGAGAUACCCAUCGAAUAGAGCUCUUCAUUACAUCUAGUCAUGACUUGCCAUUAUAUUAUGCUCCAGUGCUACAUCAAGAUCACUACCCCGACCAUAGCUAACACCCCAGCACCCUAUAUAUACACCUUCUUCACUGCCGCUUCGUCACGGGCUUCUAUG